AAAGUGAAGGAAAAACUCAUAUAAAAGACUGAAUCGAAUACUGUGUGGAUUAAAAUAGGCACAUCAUGACCAUUUUGAGCUCCUUCAAUGACACUAGAGGUACACAGAGCAUUCGCGUUCAAGUUCAAGACGACAGGCUUCCGCACGCAAACCCCGUCCAGGGUCAAGAUUCUGGCUUUCCGAACAGAACAGUGGCGAGGCAGAUCUCAACGAGGGUCUUCAAAAUUUUAUUCCUCUCACACAUAUUGUUUAUCGCAGUCUUAACAAUUUUCCUGACUAUCUAUGGCCUAAUCUCUGCCUCUCGCAACCACCAAUUCCACCCCUCAAAGUGGUACCCUCCGCUUCUGUCUUCAACAGCGAGUGCUGGAAUAGUUGCCUUUACAUGUCAAUGGAUCACAGCUCGCAGGCCCUCGAAGGCCAUCAAGGCAGCAUUUUGGCUGAGUCCUCUCCUUACGCUUGCAACUGGCGUUAUGUUUGUGUACAUUGAAUCUGCACUUGAAUUAUGGGGUUGGUUUUCUCAUCAAUCCUUGCUGGUAUUCUUUAUUGCUGUUUCCUUGUUGCCGGGAUAGGAGGAGCUAAAGCUAUUGAAAGCAAAACCAAAUUGGCCGCCUUGUUCAUCUUGGUGAUCCUGCUUAGCCUGGGAUGGACCAUGCAGUUUCUUAAAAAUGUGCUGCAAGUAUCUGUCUCAAGGAUCAUGUACAUGAAUUUUGCUUGUGGAGUACAUAUUGACACAAGAGCGGCAAUCUAUGACACAAUCAAGUACUUAACUGGUAGUGUUUCCAUUGGUUCCAUCCUCGUGCCUCUAAUUGGACUCUUUCGGGGUUUUGCAAGAUCCAUGAGCCUGGUUGGAGGCGACACGGAUGAGUUCAUGUUCUCCUGCGUUAGUUGCUACGUGGGGAUUGCUUCUACUCUCGUAAGACAUGGCAACCGAUGGGGUUUUGUGUAUGUAGGAGCCUAUAACAAGGGAAUUGUGCAGUCAUCCUCUGAUACGUGGGAGAUGUUCAACAGAGUUGGUUUGGAGCAACUGAUAGACUCAGAUCUCACAGGAUCGUUCUGUUUUUUUUGUGGGGUGGCAGGGGGUGCUAUUAGUAGCCUAGUGAGUGGAAUAUGGACCAUAUUACUUCACAGGAACUAUGCAGCAGAAACAUCCGUUUAUGCCUUCUUGAUUGGCUACUUCAUGUGUCGGUUGGCUAUGGCAUGGCCGCAAGCAUGCGUUUCAGCUUACUACGUAGCUUAUGCAGAGAACCCAAAUCCACAGAACAAUCGAUUUGACUCAACAAUCCCAGUACGGUUGCAGCAGCUUCAAAGAGCUCGAGCAUAGCAAACAUUCUCGUGUUUUUCAUAGUUUGAUUCUAGUCUCAUGAAAUUGUUGACACUAGCACAUUGUUGCGAGGACUAGUAAUGAGUUUGUAUAUAGGGUGAAACAUACAUGGCUCAUACAACAUAAUUCAGGCUAGAGCAGCCUGAAACCACAUGUUUUCAGUGUCCUAUGAUUCUUCCCUUGCUUCUUCCAGAAGGAAGUUUGUCCUAUAAUACCAUUGGUUGAUCAA